UUGCUGUUGAGCUGUUGUAUUGGGCUGUUAAUAAACUACAGUCUGGCCCUGCCGCGUUACAGUCAAAACUCGUUAAGAAGACCGUUUGAUUUAAAAGCAGCCGGCAGUGAAACAAUCUUCUCCUAUGCAGGCAGUCCACAACCGCCGAUGGCAUUAACAGGGAAUUACAAUCUAAUUAUGCCCGAUUAUUAUGAUCAUCAUCCGGCAGAGUCAAUGCAACUGCAGAACUUUGCCAGUUUCUAUGAUGCUGAAAUGAGUCCGGGCAAUGAUCUGGGCAUGGAUGAGUCACAGUUCCUCUCCAGCACACCUGUCCGUAGACCACAGCCCAUCAAUGCCGAGGAGCAACGCAUCCGACAGCAAUUGCCGACUGUGGACAUCACGAGGGAGAAGAAGGCACUGCAGAAACUGAAGAAGGGCAGCACAGUGCCUCGAGGUGCCGAAUAUCCGGAAUGGGAUCAGUUUGAUUAUGAUCUUUAUGGUGUGAAUCCGGCGAAAACAAAAGUACAAUCACGACUUCUAGAAAAAAAAACGUAUAAUUGA